UAAACAAAUAUGGCGGCGAAAUACAACCGUCGUGUAAAUGUCAUGUGAAUUUUUCACAUCUACGUUUCAUGCGAUUAUCUUUGAUUUCUCUAAUGCAUUUUCACUUAUGAAUCGCAUCAAGUACUUUCAAAUGUAACCAAAAUGGCAACUCAAGACCUCGUGUUUUUGAAUGAUCAAGUUGUGCGACUAAAUGCUCUGUUGGCCAGCUAUCAGAGGAAGUACCCUUCACACACACCAGAGGCUCAAAGCAGGUCUCUUGUACCAAGUACCACAGACAGAAGUGGUUUGACUCCGCUGCUGAUCGAGUAUGAUGGCAUCAUUCAUGCACAAGAAGCUGAAAUAAGUCAUCAAAAGGUUGAGCUGAGUAAACUAAGACAAGCCAUUGAUGAACUGCUUUCAGAAAAUGAGAGACUGGGUGGUGAACUCCGUGAGAAUGUGGAAGCUCAGCUCUCAGCGGGGAUGGGGAUGGUGGGACUCUCCGGGAUGGAUGAAGGAGCACCUGCACAAGAUGACGACCAGAUGCUGUACAACUUCCAGGAACAGCUGAAGAUGGCUGCAGAGGAGAAGGAAUCAGCUGAGCAGAAAUGGAGAGCGGCUUCUCAGGAGAUUGACCGUCUGGAGAAAGAGCUAGAGGCUGAGAAGGAGUCUCAUCAAUGGAGGGUGGUGGAGCAGCAGGCACAUCAGGUGAAGGAGCAGUACAUGGAGAGUAUGGCCUCUGUCACAGCCCAGGUGGAGACCCUGCAGAAAGAGCUCAGGCAAGCCAGGAUGGAGUUAGUGACCUCAGAACAGGUGAUGAAGGACCAGAAGAGGACAAUAUCUGACCUGCAGUCGCAGCUCUCUUGGAAGGAUCAAGAGAAAGCAGAUGUAAUAUUCAAGGAAGGCAUCACAGACACAAAGAUGAUUGAACUGAAAAAAAUCAUGGAUGAUCUCAAACACCAACUGUCACUGGCCAGUAGAGAAAGUGGAGAGCUGAAGCGAGAAAAGUUCGCCAUGGAGACUAGGGUCUCGGAGCUUCAGAGGAGGAAUUUUGAGCUGGAGGAGAAGGAAACGGAUGCCAUCAUGAGAGUGCGGGAUGCGGUACAGAUGGUGGAGAACGCCGUGCUGGAGAAGGAUCAGGCGGAGGUGCAGAGUCGCCAGAAAGACGACGAGAUUGAACAGAUGCAGGAUGUUGUCAGUAAACUCAUCAAUGAGGCAGGAGUUAGGACACGCCAAGAGGUUGACGCAGUGAGGAAACAGUGCAAUGAGAGAAUCGUGAAACUCACCGAUGAAGUCCAUUCCCUGGAGAUGGAAGGGGCGGAGAGGGAGGCCCAGAUUGAGAGACUGGUGAGGGAGAAGAGAUCCGUGGAGUCCGAGUUGGAAAAGAUCUACAAGGAUGGCAUCGUGCAGGGCUCCAAACAACACAAUGCAUACGAGGAUCUGAACCGGCGAGCUAUUGAUGCGGAGAGACGUCGCGAUGAGGCGGAACUUAAGGUGGACACGCUGGAGUCUACACUGAAGCGGGAAGCAAUGAACUCUGAGCAGCUGAAGGGCCAGCUUGAGUCCCAGCUGAGCGGGACGCGGGAGCGCCUCAUGAUGAUGGAGCUGGAGUUUGAGAACCUGAACGACGACCGUGUCCGCUACCUCGAUGAGAUCGACAAGCUGAAGCGGCAGCUUCAGUCUGCCCAGCAAGACAAGGAGGCUGCGCAAAGGAAGUACAACAAGCAGUCGGUGAUGAUGGAGCAGGGGCAGCAGCUGAAGAUGCGGGACUACGAGGUGAAACUGCAGUCAACGGAGGAUGCCAACAGACAGACAAUGCUGGAGCUCCGCAAACUCCUCAACGCCCAGCAGAGGAUGAGUGCAAGGUGGAAAGAGGAAUGCAAUACCAUUACACAGAAAUUUGAGGUCAAGGUGACAGAUCUGAGGUCAGAGGUCAGCAUGUUGAAGCGGAGAAAUGAAGAGUUAACAUCACUAUUGAAGGAGAGUCAGGAGAAGACCAUUGAGGCGGAGCGUGUGAUCAGCGAGUACACAAAGAACGUGAGGAGGAUGGAGGACCGUGUUCGGGAGUCGGAGCAGAGGGCAGCCGAGUCGACCAGGAAGUUAUCUCGGCAUGUGGUACGGGAGAGACAGAUGACGAGUGAGAGAGAGAGCUUAUUGCAAGAACUCACUCGCAGUCACAGAGAGACAAACAGAUCUCCCAGGGGCCAAAAUAUUUCCAACCUGAGUCACAGUGGCAGAUUAGCAGAAAGUCUCCGAAUGGCUGACAUUUCUAACGGUCAAACAAACGGAUCUCCAAGACAACAUAGGCGUGAUAUUGAUGACAUGUUGUCCGAGAGAUGAUGUGACGUGACAAGACAGCAUAGAUCUCCCAGGCAACAUAGCGGUGAUAUUGAUGACAUGUUGUCCGAGAGAUGAUGUGACGUGACAAGACAGCAUAGAUCUCCCAGGCAACAUAGGCGUGAUAUUGAUGACAUGUUGUCCGAGAGAUGAUGUGACGUGACAAGACAGCAUAGAUCUCCAAGACAACAUAGGGGUGAUAUUGACAACAUAUAUAGAUGCUAUGCAAGCACUGUGUCUAUAACCCAGUAGAGGAACUCAAUGUUCUGUGUUGGUGUAUGUCGUGCAGGGACAGAAAUUAGCACUGGCCCACUAGCCCAGUUUCACUUCUGCCAAAGGUAUCCUAAGGGCUAAAGUACUGCCGGAAAUGCUAGAAAACUGCUCUUUGCCUGUUAAAAAAGGAUAUAAUUUUUCACAGACUGUUGUUAUUGAAAUGUCGAGUACGUGAACUAUCGCCCUACCUGUGGCUUCAAGUAUUUCAGUCACAAGGAGUCCCUAUCGACAAGUUUACGGGAGACAAAUUCAAACGAAAACAGGAAGUUUAUAUUUAAAGUCCAAUGAUAGCAGUCUGAAACAGACUAUAGAAAUAUGGGCAUGUGACACCGUUAUAAUAAUGUAGUCUUCAUAAAACAUCUAAUCCACACACAAAAAUCAUUUUGAGAAAAUUCUAGAUUUGCAUCUUCUAAAAUGACAAUAUGACGCUGUGUUUGUUUUGUUAACAUCUUUACAUUUCAGAGAGACAGAGGGAAAACAUUUAUCAAUUUAGAUUGGGUGAACCGAACUGCCCAAGCUAUAUGGUUUUCAAAUCAUUCCAUCAAGUCUAUGGUAUGAUAAUUAAAACAAAACAGGUAUAGGGGUGGUCUCAAACACAAAACUGGGACGAAAAAGGAUAUUAGACAGCUUUGAUACAGGGUGAUUAGGCGUAUAGUGUACAAGCUUUAUGAGCAGAAGGUAACCCUGACUUGUAGUAGAAUUUAGGAGGAAUAAAAAAUACAGUUAAUGUUAACUGCACUAACUAUUGCCCUCCAAGACAUGGGAUUUCGAUACACUGCGCGUGGUGAUGACCGAGCACUUUUCAGGGGAAAAUAUUCCAUCCUAUCUAUGAGAUCACAUUAUCUCCGCAACAUUCAUAACUAUCACAGCCAGGGCGUCCAGAUAAUUCACCUUGAUGAAUCAUUCCACUGACUACAUGUGGCUGUCGGCAGAUGGACAAAAAACAUCCAUGGUACCAUCAGGUAAAGGUAAUCGUGUCAUUGUUUUGCACGCUGCAACCCACGCAUUGGGGCUUAUUGAUGGAUGUGUCCUAGUUUUCGAGGCGAAAAAGAAAACUGGUGAUUAUCAUAAGGAAAUUAUAGGAGGUGAUGUGUUGAUAAACUGGUUGGAACUUAAGCUAUUAUCCAUUUUAAACAAUAUCAGUGUCAUUGUCAUAGAUAACGCCAGAAUCAGAUACUGUCGCCCAAACCAUGAGUAGUCUGAAGGCGAUCAUACAGGAAUAUAUGACAUUGUCGACUUCAGACCAUAUGAAACGAAAGUAACUCAUGGAGAAAAUUCAUCUAAAUAAGAACUCUGUAAAGUACAGGACAUAUGUGCUGGCAGCACAACAUGGUCACGUUGUCUUAUGUACGCCAGUCAGACAUUGUGAGUUAACCCUGUUGUGCCCAUCUUGGCUAAGUGUAACGGGUUCAUAGCAAGACAUAACACAGCAUUCAAAAGUACAGAUUCAUUUACGUCAUCAACGGAGAUAAAUGCUACCUCAAGUAAUCAUCUGUAGAACAACAAAUACUUCUGGAUUCCAAAACUGCCAUCUUCCAAUACUCAUCCCGUUUCAUCGCUCUUAAUUAUUCCAUCAUGUUUCCAAGCAAGUUUAGUGCAGUACAUAUGCUUAAUUUCUACCCAAUCAACGCACAUGUCAAUUAAGUACAAUAACAGCAAUAUUUGGAGACCACCCCCAACUCGGUGACAUUUGCACCUGUGAGAAUGCACGGGAUGGUGUGAGGUCAUCACCUCGGGACAGGUGUUAGGUAAUUACGUCAGGUUAUAGGCCAUUUCAUACAUGCAUGUCAACACACGAAUAUUUUCUAAGUUGAUAUCAUUUUACCUGUAAAAGUACAUUUUAGGGGUUAUCACAGUGUCGGUUAGGACAGGCUAGAUUAGGGCAAUUUGCGUUAUUUUGAUUAUAUGCUCUAUUUAUAGUCCUAUGACUCAUAUUAAGUAAAUGAAGCCAGAAAAGCAGUCUUCAAGCAUUUCAGACAGUACUUUAGUAGAAUUUCGAACAUUUUGGGGAUGUUCCUGUAUUUUAUUAUUCGGGCAAGUAGACUUUCAGGGUUAAAUUCUGUCCUUGUCUUGUGUCACGGGCCAGGAUCUACGUGGUUCCUUCAGAAUCUAACAAAGAGGUGCUAGGGUCCACUAAUAGUGCAGUCUUAGCAGUUUCCAGUACGAUUAUUCAAGCUACACCUUGUUUGUAUGCUUUGGCUUAAAAAAUAAAAGAAUUGGUUCUCAGGCAAUCAACCUGGGAAAGGGCCACCCUACAUAAAUGUUUUCCUUGAUGAGUAAAAUACUGGAAUACAGUAUUUGACUACCGUUGGACU